AUGCAAUUUACUGGCGAUGAUAUCGAUGCAUUAGCGACUAGAUUUGAUAAGAAGUUACAACGAGAUAUUAACUGCUUAGAAGAUGAUGACCGCUCUACCCGUAAGAGAGCUAUCGAGAAAAUAUCUAGUGAAACUGUUGGUAGAAGAGACCAGCUAAACCAAGAUGAAUUACAAGAUUUAUUUAAAGCUAUUAUUAAGCCAUUGCUUAAAAGAUUUUCCGAUCCUGUUGAAAAGUGUCGUCAGCUGUCCAUUAAGUUAACCUCAAGCUUUCUAUCCAAGGUUAAAAAUUAUGGCGAUAUUUUACCAUAUUUAAUACCAUGUGUACGAUCUCGACUUGCAACGCCAGAAAUUGUUGAGCCGUCAGAAGAAAUUAGACUUCAAUUAAUGAAACUUUUGUUGAAUUUAUGCAAUUGGUGUUCUAGUAAUGACUUAGCCGUCUAUCUGGAUGACUAUGUUGCAAUAAUUCAACGUUGCAUUGUUGACCCAUUCCCUGAUGCUAAAAAGGAGAGCUGUAAUUGUAUUAUUGCAUAUGCCAACUUGAUACCUUCGGAAAAGUUUCAAUUGCAAUCCGAAAGCUUAAUUAAACCACUGACAGUAUCUUUAGCUCAUCAACAUUCUAAAGUUCGCAUUGUUUGCCUUAAGGCAAUUGGCGUUACCUUGCAAAAAGGAAGCAUUUCUCCUCUCAAUGAUAUCUUACCGUCUCUGGCACAGCGAAUGCUCGACCAUUCACCUUCUGUUAGAUCAACAUUAACCGAAAUUCUUGCCAAUUGGAUGAUGAAUUUAAUGGAUAGAUAUUCUUACUUCCAUAAGAUCCUACCUCUGCUUCUUACAAGUCAAACAGACGAACUACCAGAAAUUGUUGAACUAGGGAAAAAGCUCUACGAUAAGGUUGGAGAACAAUACGAAAAAGAGAAUGAGGAAGAACUGAAAGAUCAAUUAGAUUACGAAAAUCCUACUCUAUCCAGUGCAAGUAGACCACGCCUUGGAUGCAGAGUGCUGGUACAGCGUAAUUUCUCAAAAAUUUUACCAGCAUUGCUACGUGAUGCCGCUGAUUGGACUGUUAUAUCACGUAUAAAGAGUACCGCUCUUUUGCAUGUCUUAUUGAUCCAUGCGGAAGAUCACGUAACUCAACAUAUCGGAAGUUUAUUGCCCGGACUUUACAAGGCAUGCCAAGAUGAUGAAAAAGUAGUUGCUGAUCAGUCGGAGAGCUGUGCAACAGUCGUUGGUAAACACGUACAUCCUGACAUAUUCGUCAAACUAGUAUUAAACGCCAUUAAAAGUGCUAGUGGCGGUGGAGGAGCUACUGCAACGGCAUCUUCAUUAGGAAGCUGUCUUAGAGUUUUUGCAGCCAUGUUAAAAGAAUGUGAUACAGAAAAGUUAUCCUCUCAUCUUCAGACUAUUUGUUCUACCUUAUGCCACCGUGAUAUUUGCAUGACAGAACUAUUGCCCUGUCAAAUCCAAUUAUUACAUAUUGUUAAAGCAAUCAUAACGAAUGCUGGCAUUAAUUGUAAGCCGUAUUGUAAAGACCUAUUUAAAAUAUUGAUAUACAUCUUGGCGCUACAAUCGAAUGAAGGUCUCCAUAAUCAGAUUGAGGAGACUUUGUCGGAGUUAGCAAGUUGUUAUGAAACGAAUGACCGGUUACAUUUAUACAAAUUGUUCAUGAGAGAUUUAUUAACGGAGCUUAAGGGUGAUCAUGGCAUUUGGGUGAGUAGCUCUCCUGAACGCUACGUGUUUGAAUGUUUGCUAAGAAGUUCUGGGCCAGUUGUUGGUCAAAUGUUAGAUAUAGCUAUUCCGAUAUUAAUAUCCAAUCUAAAUCCUGAAAAGGACCCGGAGCUCCGACUCAAAUUUUUUACGUUAUUUUCCAAUCUUUUGGUUAACGCAAACAUGACACUUAAUUCGGAGGGUACUUUUAUUAUGUAUAUUGAAGGAGUCAUUGCUGAUGCGAUUAUCAGCAAUUGUGUGUGGAAAGCUGGAAGAGCUGCUGCGGCUAUGAGAACUGCUGCUAUGUCCUGUUUAUGGGCUUUAUUACAAAGUGGAUUAGCUACUUAUGAGCAACUAUCUGAUCUUUUAGAUGAAAUUUUAACAAAAGUUAAAUCUUGUAUUGACGAUGACAACCAAUCAACUCGCCUUAUUUCAUGUAAAGUCCUUCACAAAUUACUACAGAUUUGUGAAACAAAGUUAGACGCGGACGCUCUUCAUAAUCUGUAUCCGGAUUUACUUAAGCGAUUAGACGAUAACAACAACGAGAUUCGAGUUGUUGUUGGUAAGACUUGGAUUACUUAUUUCAGAUACUGUGAUGAGCUGAUCAAUUAUCUGCAAGGACUGAUGAAUGAUGAUUCCUAG